CAUGUUGAAAAGGGAAAUGUUUAGACUUUUCUAUACUAAUAGUUACAAUGAAGAUAUCAAGAAGGAGACUCUCACCGACCAAGAACAAAAGGAUUUAAAUACUUUUACGGAAUGUAUAGAUUUAAAUGAUGAGAAAGCCAUAUCAGAAAUUUUAACUACGAGACGUGAUGAUAUUAGUGACUGGGUUUUCUUUAUAUCGACAAGGGAAUCGUUCUUGAAGUCUAACAAAAGAAUAUUCAAUUUAUUAUCUGUCGCGUAUAUUUGUCGAAUAAUUGACUUAAGUGGAAACGAUAUUUAUGAUACUUCGAGGUAUCUUCAAAGGAACAUUGAUAUACUAAGGGAGAUAACUGACAAUUGGUUGAAUAAUUGGUUUGGGAAAGUCAUUAAGACUAUUCACACGUAUCAAACUUCCAAUUCAAAGGAAAAGGAUAAACGAAACCGAUUUUACCAACCAACUAGAUCAGCGAAUAUAUCUAUAUGGAAUAAAUCUCCCGAAUGGUUCAGUAGAUUAUUCUUAACUACAAUUGUUGGAGAUAUUGAUAAUCAAUGGUCUAAAAAUCAUAAAGAUGCUGUUAGGAUUUUACUAUCUUUCCUAACCUAUGCUUUGGUUGCAAAGAAUCGAUAUCUAUUGGAAGUGAUCGCGACUUCAAAGAAACUACAACAUGUUAGAUAUAGCUUUUAUUUGGUGUUAUCAUGCAAUUAUCCAGAUAAGUUUAGCUUUUUUCAAAAUCUUACAACUAGAAAAGCAAGUAGAAUAGAGCCUUCGUAUAAAUAUCAGGAUGACGUAUCUAAUCAUUACAACGAAAUAGUGCAUAUAGCUAUAAUUGGUGAAAAAUUUCGAAAGAUUUAUCCUACUGAAAAUCAAUCGAGAACCGUCUGGAAUUUUCUGAAAGAAAAUUAUCAAUUUACCGUAAAUUUAGCUCUGCAAAGUAUUAUCAACGACGAAGAAGUAUUGUGCUCUUUGCUUAGCUGCUACGGUGAAGUUUAUCAGAAAUUAUUUCAGUCUAAUGAUUUUGAAGCGAAAGGUUUUCCCUCGUUGAAAAGUGUCAAAGUUGUCUUCUAUCAUAAAAGAUUUUAUCAUAAUGCAAAUGUUAAAAACUUUUUUUUUAGACUUCUCAUGUCGUCGGCUAAUAUCUCAUCGUCUGUUAAUGAAUUUCUAAAGGCCUUUCGUUAUAUUAUCUCUCGUAGUGAUAAUGCCGUGGGACUCUCGCAGGAUGUCGUUGAUUACGCUAUAAAUCGUAUUAUAAACAACGGGAAAUUUACAUCUGAGAAUGUCAAUAUGAAAUCUCUUGUCAAAACUUCAUUGACAUUUUUGUCAAUGUUGACUUGGUAUGGGUAUACUUUCAAAAAUCUCGACUUAUCGAAUACGUUUUUGAAUGCUUUGAGGAAGGAAAAUGUUAUUUCCUACGUAAUAAAUUCAAUAUUAGUUAUGUCCGAUCAAAAGAACUACAAUGAAAUCACUCUGAAGCUAUACGAACAAAAGUCAGUUAAGCCAUUAAAAGAUAUGGCAAUAAUAGCUAUUAGACGUAAUAUUAAGAAGCCUUUCCGGAAGAAUCUUACACAAUUGACAAGCGUUUUCAAACUUCCGCAACAAAUUGAAAGAUGUAUAAAUUUCAGCGAUUAUCUUGAACCGCAAGAAUUAUUUCCACUAUAA